AUGGUUUGGGGAACGGAUAUUCAAUAUCUCUGCCACAAGCGGAAAUUCUACACUAAUCACAUGAACUGAAAAUUAGAAGCAACAUCAUUACGGAGGAAAAACGCUGUUGUGGUUUUGCGGAUGAAUCUCAGAUGUUUGAAAGACUUAUUAUUCUUUACAAAAUUGGAUAAAAAUGGCAUAAUUAUGUUAGUGAUGUUAUGGUGUAUAGAACUGAGAGGCUUUAUCGUUACAUGAAAAUCGGCCUAUUCGGCGCGAAAACACCGGCUCCGUUCCGGCGCUAUAACGUGAGACGACGGAGGAGGGGGCGCGAGCGCUGCCGCUGUCGCUCCGGCUUCGCGGAAGAGCCGUUUGCGUGGACGCCAAAGCUCCGGUUUUCAACGACGCUUCGAUCUGAGCGCGCGUCUUGUCGUGGGCGCUGACAAACCGGUAACAGGUCCAUCCAUCAGACUGCGCGGGGACACGGCGGGGCUCGCGCGGCUGUGCGAGCAAGGGAAAGAAGCGUCAUUUCACCAAUUCCAUCGAUCCGCUGGAAGCUGGGCAGGCACGGGACUCGGCAUCCGUGUGCGUGAGGAAGGCGAGAGCGGCCCUGGAGUAUUUCUCAACGGACAGCGACCAACACGCGAAGAAAUUCUCCAGGCAUUCAAAGAAACAAUUCUCUUCUGGGGGGGGGCGGGGGGUUGCCAGAUUGUCCGAGGGAUUGUUCAGUACACAAAUCCAGGUGGUGAGUGUGGAACCAAAGAAAGCCUAGUGCUGGAUCUCAGAAGGACCAUUAGAGAAGACGGACAUUUAGGACAACGUAGGGUGCAUGGAGCGCUCAACGACGACAAAGCCAGGGACAUUUGUCUGCCUCUGGUUGGGCCUGCUCUCCGUGGCAGCGACCUUCCUCUGUGCGGAAGCGCGAGCCACACCAAGCUCAACAUCUCCCGGCAACAUCACUUGCACAGAGGUGCCAUCAAAAUGCAAACCUGGCAUCAUCCUUCCCAUCUGGUACCCUGAAGACCCGUCCAUGGGCGACAAAAUUGCACGUGUCAUCGUCUACUUCGUUGCCAUGAUCUACAUGUUCCUCGGCGUGUCCAUCAUUGCCGACCGAUUCAUGGCGGCGAUCGAAGUCAUCACUUCACAGGAGAAGGAGAUCAUCAUCAAGCGUCCCAAUGGAGAAACAACGACCACCACCAUCCGCGUAUGGAACGAAACCGUGUCCAACCUCACGCUGAUGGCGCUGGGCUCCUCCGCACCAGAAAUCCUCCUCUCUGUCAUCGAGGUAUGCGGCCACGAGUUCCACGCUGGCGAGCUCGGGCCCUCCACCAUCGUGGGCAGCGCAGCCUUCAACAUGUUCGUGAUCAUCGGCCUGUGCGUGUCUGUCAUCCCAGAGGGCGAAGUGCGCAGGGUGAAGCACCUGCGUGUAUUCUUCGUCACGGCUGCAUGGAGUGUGUUCGCCUACAUCUGGCUCUACAUGAUCCUGGCUGUGUUCUCACCCAACGUGGUGCAAGUGUGGGAGGGGCUACUCACGCUCGCUUUCUUCCCUGUUUGCGUGGUCCUGGCCUGGGUGGCUGACCGUCGGCUCCUCUUCUACAAAUUCAUCCACAAGAAGUACCGCAUGGACAAGCAUCGCGUGAUCAUCGAGACAGAAGGAGAGCGCUCCAAGGACAUCGAGAUGGAUGGCAAGAUGGUGAACUCGCAUUUUGUAGACGGUAACGCUGCCAGCAAUCUAAUAGGUCUGAUGGACGGAAAAGAAGUGGACGAGUCUCGUCGUGACAUGAUCCGGAUACUGAAGGACCUGAAACAGAAGCACCCGGAGAAGGAGCUGGACCAGCUGGUGGAAAUGGCCAACUACUAUGCCCUGUCGCACCAGCAGAAGAGCCGCGCCUUCUACCGAAUCCAGGCCACCCGCAUGAUGACAGGGGCAGGCAACAUCCUGAAGAAGCAUGUCGCCGACCAGGCCAAGAGGAGCACAAGCAUACAGGAGAUCCAUGUUGAGGAGCCGGAGGACUUUGUCACGCGGAUCGCCUUUGAGCCGGCCACAUACCAGUGCCUGGAGAACUGUGGCGCCGUCCUGCUGACCAUCGUGCGCAAGGGUGGCGACAUUGCCAAGACGAUCUACGUGGACUAUAAGACAGAGGAUGGUUCAGCGAAUGCUGGAGCAGACUAUGAAUUCACCGAAGGCACGAUGGUGUUCAAACCUGGCGAGAUCAUCAAGGAGAUCACGAUCGGCAUCAUUGACGAUGACAUCUUUGAGGAGGACGAGCACUUUUUCGUGCGUCUGAGCAACGUGCGCAUGCUGGAGGUAGAGGACGAGGUGCUGUCGGCCAACAGCCUGCCGUACCCAAAGGCGGUUCUUGGCUUUCCUGCCCUUGCUACAGUCACCAUCCUGGACGACGACCAUGCGGGCAUAUUCACAUUUGAGAGCGAGUCCAUGCACGUGAGCGAGAGUGUGGGUGUGAUGGAGGUGAAGGUGCUACGUACGUCUGGAGCGAGGGGAGCCGUCAUCGUCCCGUACCGCACCGUGGAGGGCCUCGCCAAGGGAAUUGGAGAAGACUUCGAAGACACCUACGGAGAGCUGGAGUUCAAAAACGAUGAAACCUGUAAAACUUUCCAGGUGAGGAUCAUUGAUGAUGAAGAGUAUGAGAAAAAUAAAAACUUCUUCCUGGAGCUGGCAGAGCCUCGAAUGGUGGACAUGAGCUUACAGAAAGUUCUUUUAUUAGCUGAUGAGGUUCCAGAGAGGAAACUGUCAUCAGAGGAAGAGGAAGCAAGGAGGAUAGCUGAGAUGGGGAAGCCGAUACUGGGGGUGCACUCUAAACUAGAGGUCAUCAUCGAAGAGUCCUACGAGUUCAAGAAUACAGUGGAUAAGUUGAUAAAGAAGACUAACCUGGCUCUGGUUGUGGGCACUAACUCCUGGAGAGAGCAGUUUAUGGAGGCCAUUACUGUCAGUGCAGGAGAUGAGGACGAGGAUGACACAGGAGAGGAACGCCUCCCGUCAUGCUUCGAUUAUGUCAUGCACUUCCUCACCGUCUUCUGGAAGGUGCUGUUCGCCUGUGUACCCCCCACCGACUACUGGAACGGCUGGGCGUGCUUCGCCACCUGCAUCAUCAUCAUAGGCCUGCUCACAGCCAUCAUCGGGGACCUGGCCAGCCACUUCGGCUGCACCAUCGGCCUGAAGGACUCUGUCACCGCCGUGGUGUUUGUGGCCCUCGGCACCUCGGUCCCAGACACCUUUGCCAGCAAAGUCGCGGCAGUCCAGGACAUGUACGCGGACGCCUCUAUUGGCAACGUCACCGGCAGCAACGCUGUCAACGUGUUCCUGGGCAUCGGUGUGGCGUGGUCCGUCGCUGCCAUCUACUGGCACGUGCAGGGCCGUGCGUUUGAAGUGCCCGCCGGCUCGCUGGCCUUCUCCGUCACCCUCUUUACCAUCUUUGCCUUCCUGGCCAUCGGCAUGCUGCUGUACCGUCGGCGGCCCCACAUCGGCGGUGAGCUGGGCGGACCCCGCGGACAGCGCGUGUUCACCAGCCUCUUCUUCCUCAGCCUCUGGUUCCUCUACAUCCUUUUCUCCAGUCUGGAGGCCUAUUGUCAUAUACAGGGCUUCUGAAAAGG